UUUAGCUCCAAAUCGUAAUUAAGGUUUCUCUGCAGGAGUCCGGUUCAGAUGCGAAGAUAAUAAUUUAGACGGUCUGAAAUGGCACAAUAAUAAAGCGGUAUCUUGAAUUUACAGAACAGGAGUGUUUCUUGAAGAAAUCUUGUUCGUCGAGGAUGAAGAUGAAGAUGGCGGUGAUGUUUGUGUUGGUAUCACUACUUAUAUUGCAGUCCCAAGCUUAUAGGCCAGGUGAUAUCGUUCCCAUGAGCAAAAUGGGUCAAUACCACUCUACGAGAACUGUUUGGACUGACAUGAUUGGUCGCCACUGUCCCAUUUUCGGUGUCAAUCGUGAGGUUUUGAUUCCUAUACCAAAGCCAACUGGUUAUACUGGAGCUGAUCCAUAUAAGAUAUCAUUUCAAGUUGGAAGAGAAAAGUUUCUUGUUCCCUGGCUUCUUUUAAUAAAUAGGAAAAGUACUGAGGUUCCUAUGAUUGAUGUGCAUCUGAGGUACUCAGGAAAUGAUAUGCUCGGUGUUACUGCUAAAGUUGUAGAUAUGCCUCAUCGUUAUAUUGAACUCCAUCCUGAUAUAAGGAAACAAUUUUGGGACUCACAACAUUGGCCAAAACACGUGCUUGUCAGAUAUACAUGGAAGGAGCAGUCUGAGAUAGAUGUGGCAGCUGGGUUCUAUGUCCUCUUUGGAUCGGCAUUACUCAUGUCUGUUAUUCUCUCGAUCUUCAUAUUGCAGUCCUCUGGAGACAAAUUCUCAAGGUUUGUUAAAGAAACUGUUGCAGAGACCAGCAUGCCAGGCGGCGGAGUGGCAAAAGUUGAAUGAUCAAAGAGGGCUCUGAAGUUUUCACGGAAAACAUCAUUGGAAGUGCUGUGUUCUUGCUCCUCAUCACCAGUGUUUUUUUUCUCUCUUUUGUGGAACUGGACAUUUAGAAUGAAAGAUCAUAGAAAUUCUUACACAUGAUCUUAGAAUCAUCUCAUUGGUGAUAAUCUCAAAAUCCUCUGCACAGAUCUGGGAAUAAUCUUACGCUAGAAGCAAAUUCUGUAUUAUUUUUUUACUUAGAACUGGCUUACCUGCAUAGUCCAUUAAGGUUUCUUUCGUUAACAAUACAUAGUUAUGAUUUAUGUUUAUCGUUAUUUUAACA